AUGCAAUCCUGCCGGGAAUUCGCGCUGGUCGUCCUGUGGAUUUACCUCCACGAUAUUUACGGUGCUGCUCUAUCUCAAAGUGGCGGCAAGUUCGUGCGCGAUAAGAGAUACCUGGUGUACCCGCCGCCCGGAGAGUAUGCGCCGUCGAAAGUUCAGUUAAUCCUCGGCCUCGGUUUGCCCAUGGAAGUUGACGUCAGCAUGAUUAUCGGCUAUGUGAUGAAAUUUAAUUACAAUCUUCCCUAUAACGUCUCGUACCUCACGGAACCAUACGUCCGCUACGACAGAUCGAUCAAUCGUCGCUCGGAGCCCGAUGGAAAUGACGUUUCUGCAGCGAAUGCGACAGGUAUCACGUUCGUUUUAACUCGCACCAAACCAAUCUUGAUGGGAUCCAGAUGGGAGUGCUACGAGUUCCUCGAGUCGGUCUUCGAGUCUACACGUACGGGCAAAGCCUGCCUCCUAAGAGCCAUUUGCGAGGCCGCGGCGGUGCCUUUCAGAAGAAGCCACUCUCUGACUGCACAACUCGCCCAUAUUUUCCUCACGCCUUCCACCACAUCGGAGCCAUUCAGGAACGCCUUCGAUCAGGAAUAUCAUGCCGCUGAGAUUGCGGGGCAGCGAGAUCCCAGCAGCUGCGACGGCUUAUUCCCGGAAUGUACGGAAAGUCUCCUAGAAUAUUUCACGGAAAUAGUAAAAUAACUGCGUCCCAUUCUGUGUAAGGCAUUCUUAUUGUGGCGUUAUAUAUGUUAAACCGAAUUCCACUAUUUACGCGGAAUCUCUAAAAGCGCCGUGCGAUUUCUACCGCAAUAGCGGAAUCGACUUCUCCUUAAUCGCUUUAAACUGCCACAAUUGAGAAGUAACGACAUCAAACUGAAAUCAAAUUGCAAAUCGCGCCCAUCGAAUGGAACGCACGUUUUCGCCGAGAAGAAAAUGCCAAAAAUUGGAGUAUUCCUUUUAAUAACGAAUUCACUGUAUCGCGAAGUGAUUAGCAGCCGGUCCCCAUAAAUUACGAACUAACUUUUCUCUUUGGGUGCACCUGUUAUCGAAGCGCCAGUAUUGCCAAUAAUACCCGAUAACUGAGUCACGUUCGGUCGCAAGCGUGCUUUAGACAAUAUUUCUCAGUCCCAUUCAUUGUUUCCUUCGUCCGUUUACUCCCAUUCUGCCCAUUGUCCCUUGCCUUAAUAUCAAACCGGCCGCAAAUGCACAGGGGAGGAUCAGGGCACUCGCAACUUGUUAGUUUUACACGAAGGGGCACGACCGGAUGUCUCGAUAUUAUUAUACAUGUACUGGUAUCUCGGAAAUUUCAGGAGUAACAAUAGAUCUUCCUUGCGAUGACUCUGUUUUACUUAUUAAAAUUAAAUUAACAUUGAUCUUCGGACUGAAUUGAGAUACAGCGUCGUGUGUGUCACAUGUGUGUUACAUAUACAAAAGAGAGAAAAAGCGGACGUCUAUCCACACGUAGCGCGCGGAUUUUGUGAAGAGAGAAUGGGAUUAAAGGAAUUCGAUAUUACAAUGUCUCACGAGUAGACAGAAAGGCGCGGAGUGCCGAGGAGAAUGAGAUCGGGAAUCCCGAUAUUACGGCGUCCCGGAUAGACAAACGUGACGCGAAAAAUAGGAUCGACCGAUCCGAGCUCCGCCAGCGAUAUCGUCCAAUAAAGAAGAGUAGUAAACACCAUCGCGCAUCUUGCACGAUGUCGGCUUCCCCGACGAGGGUUCAAGGUCUCCACAUAUCGUGGAAACGACGGUGUGGGGAAGGUCGACGCUCCUGUAUCCCGCGGAACUAUUUUAUUAUCAUUUCCAUCGGGAAAAGCAAGUCGGAUGCGCAGCUGGCUCUCGACAAACGAGAAUUGCGAAACGUCGAAUUAGUUUUUAUCGCAAUUGCGAAUAUCGUUAACAACGCGGCGAUUUACUCUCGCGGAGGGAGUAACUGGGGUUGUUCCGUCGCCAUUUCUAUCGAGUGGACAGGGGAAUUGGCUUAAUUCACGUGUACCGUGCGCCACAAUGUACUGCAAUGUGGAUUCUGCCAGUGGAAUUGAAUUACAGUUCUGGAGAACGAUGUAAUAAAGCUUCGCCCUCUUCCGGCGCGUAGAUCCUUGUUCUCCCCCUGGUUGGGGUGAGAAGAAACGAAUCAAGCUGCCGAGACUGCCCCGGCACCCGGAAAGAUUCGCUAUCGGCUGGCAAUAAACGGACGUACGGUUCGCGUACGGUUAAUGAAAAUGAAAGUUUGAUAGACUGCGACCCCGUGUGACUCGUGGUCGAUCGCAUCUGUCGCAAUGUCCGCGCAAAUUGUAUUCGAGGGCAAAUAACUGCAACCUGCAUCCAAUUCCAUAAAGAAUACAUUUAUUGUUACAUUGUACAAGUAAUGUGAAAUAAGAUCCACGAUAUAUGUCGAGAAACAGAGAGAAGAUCUUCGUUUUUCAGAUUAUAGGAUAUUUAAUCAUUCAUUUGGAGCACUUCUAAGGCGCCGACGAACAAUGGGGAGAUCUCCUUUUCAAUUUUCAUUUUAAGUGGCACGUACACAACCGGGCUUGCCGUGGAAAAUGGAUCCUCCGAUACCGCCAUUGUUGACCAGCGUGAUAAACUGACCCCCGCAUACGUUUCCUUUUGUUUCAGAAAUACCCCGCGCGUGCCGUUACGUAGCCAUUUAUUUUUGGUCCAGCACCGAUUUCGUGCAUUGUACGCCGCGCGAUCCGACUUUCCCGCACUGUAAAGAGAAAUGAUCGAAACUGCGGAAAUGUUGCUUGCCGCAUGUCGAGAAUACACUUUGCAAUUUCAAUUAUUCAACCGUACAACAAAGUUGUUCUCUUGACAAAGGGAGGCAUUUCUCUUUUUAAAAUUGCGCAACCGAAUUUUGAGUAUCACAUUUGAAUGCAGAAUGUAAAUAUAGGCAAUAGGAAUACAGACAAAAGCAGUACAGUACAGUAAACGCGGAAAUGCAAACGUCCGCCUCGCAACUAAUAAAACGCAAAAUCGCGAGGAGUCACAAGAGAAUCGAGAGAAAUUUUCGUUCACCGAAGAGCGAACUUUGCUUUCUCGAGGGAUGAACCUUUGUCAGAGACAAAGAAAUCGUUUGACGUCAAAUGAACGUUGCUGAACCGUGAGCAUAUACACGUGUUCCGUUUUGCAUUCAACCAUAGGUCCGCGACAGAUCCCGUGUACAUAACGAGGGUGAGGUUUUAUGAGAUUGUACCGCCGCUGUAAUUCAAUUUGAUGCCGGCAUCGUCUCGUUGCCGACUCACGGAGAUUCCACGAUGUUCCGAGAUUACGGAAUACGAGCGAGCCACUGACUGAUCCCCUCGCAGAGCGAAACUUCUCUUCCUCCCAGUUAUACGCCGGCCAUUCUUCUUCCCGAUCAAGACCGCCCGCGCACAAAUUUUCGCUAAGAUUUUAUUACGUUACUCGGUUAAGGGUUUCACAGAAAAUAUAAAAAUACCGUCGACCGUGACGUCAGAAGCGAGAAGGACGAGCGAUUUUUGCGCAACGCUUACAUCAGCGAGAACGUGUUUGUGGGAGGAAAAAGAGUUAUAAAAUCCUUGGUACAAUUUAUAUUGUCGCAAUCGAGAAAAGUUCAGUUCCAUUUUUGUGUUAACUUUAUUGAAACUAAAUAAUGUAAAUGUACAUGUG